AUGGAAGUGAGUAACGGAGAGGAGGGGAUGAGCAUGGUGGUCAUGGGGAGAUACGGAGUCCUGUACACCAAGCCGCGGCCCAAGUCCGCGGAGACCUCGCCGAGGGUGAUCGACAUGCGGAGCGACACUGUGACUAGGCCCACGGAAGAGAUGCGUGUAGCCAUGUUCGAGGCGGAAGUCGGCGACGACGUGUUCGGAGAAGACCCCACUGUGGCGGAGCUGGAGAAGAAGGCCGCGGAGCUGCUGGGGAAGGAGGCGGGGCUGUUCGUGGCCUCGGGGACGAUGGGUAACCUCGCGGCCAUGAUGAGCCACUGCUGGUCCCGCGGGGAAGAAGUGCUGGCAGGUGACCAGUCCCACGUGGUCCUCUUCGAGCAAGGAGGCGCUGCGCAGAUCGGGAACUUCUUCCUACGGACGGUGAGAAACCUCCCCGACGGUACACUGGACCUGGAGGAGCUACGCAGCAAGCUUCAACCGGAGGGCAAAGUUGCAGGAGAUCCUCACAAGACGAUGACACGUCUGAUAGUGGUUGAGAACACCCACAACAUGAUGGGAGGGAGGGUCAUUCGCCCCGAGUAUAUGGACCGUCUGGCGGAGCUAAUACGAGGGCUGGGGAUUAGGAUCCACGUGGACGGAGCACGACUUUUUAACGCCGCCACAGCCCUGGGCCUCCCUCCUGCCGAGCUAGUGAAACACGCCGACUCGGUCACGAUCUGUCUCUCUAAGGGUCUGUCUGCUCCCGCCGGCUCGGUUCUGGUCGGAACCGCCCAUUUCAUCUCCCGUGCACGCAGAGUCCGCAAGUCUCUCGGAGGAGGAAUGAGGCAGGUCGGUGUCCUCGCUGCCCCGGGGAUUAUUGCCCUGGAGAAAAUGUCACAGCGACUGGAGAUCGAUCACAACAUGGCCAAGUUUCUCGGGCGAGGGCUGGUCUCCAUGAGUGAUCUGGGUGUCGACCUGGAUUUGGAGGCAGUCGAGACAAACAUCGUGUUCUUUGGACUCCAACGCUCCGACAUGACGGCAGAGGAUUUCGUAGCUCGAUUAGAGAAAGAGGGCGUUGCUAACGGUGACAGGGUCAUUGUGAAGAUGCUCCCCGCACGUGUGGCCUCGGGAGAGGUCAAAGUCCGCGCCGUCUUGAAUCACCACGUCACCCACCAAGGUGUCGAGUGUGCACUUAUUAGAAUAAGGGAGAUACUGGCAAAUAGAGGUGGAAGAAAGCGAAAACAAGAAACUUAA